UCCCCGCGCCCCCCCCGCCCGCCCCCGGCCGGGGCGAGGCCCCGGGGGCCGGCGCGGAUAUAAGGAGCGGCGGGGCCGGAGGAGGGGCUCGGCGGCGGCAGGCGCGGAGCGGCGCGGCUGCAGCGGCGGCGGGGCCGGGGACACUGCUGGCAGCAUGCACGUGCUCUGCACCCUGCUCGUGCUCCCGCUGAUGGCGGAGGUGGCGGCGGCGUCGCGGGCGCGCUCGCGCCGGGAGCUGGCGCCGGGCUUGUACGAGCACGGGGUCUACGACGCCGGCGGCUCCUACUGCGAGCGCGGCGACGUCUGCUGCCACGGCCGCGACGACGGCUGCACCGUGCCCUACCUCGACACCGUCUGCUACUGCGACCUCUUCUGCAACCGCACCGUCUCCGACUGCUGCCCCGACUUCUGGGAGUACUGCCUGGGCAUCCCGCCCCCCUUCCCCAAACCGCCCGGCUGCAGCCGCGCCGGCCGCAACUACCCCAGCGGAGCCACGUACCGCGAGAACUGCAACCUGUGCACCUGCAGCCAGGGCGGGCGGUGGGACUGCGAGGACCACGCCUGCCUCAUGGACCCGGAGCUGAUCGACGCCGUCAACAGGGGUAAUUACGGCUGGAGAGCCGCAAACUACAGCCACUUCUGGGGCAUGACGCUGGACGAGGGCAUCCGCUACCGCCUGGGCACCUUCAAGCCGCCCCCCACCGUCAUGAACAUGAACGAGCUGCACGUGACCGUGGACUCCAACGAGGUGCUGCCCCGCCACUUCGACGCGGCCGCUAAAUGGCCCGGGAUGAUCCACGAGCCCCUGGACCAAGGCAACUGCGCCGGGUCCUGGGCCUUUUCCACCGCAGCCGUGGCCUCGGACCGGAUCUCCAUCCACUCCAUGGGGCACAUGACGCCCGCCCUGUCGCCCCAGAACCUGCUCUCCUGCGACACCCGCAACCAGCGGGGCUGCAGCGGGGGCCGGCUCGACGGCGCCUGGUGGUACCUCCGCAGGAGAGGGGUGGUGACGGACGAGUGCUACCCCUUCACCAGCCAGGAGAGCCAGCCGGCCGGGCAGCCCUGCAUGAUGCACAGCCGCUCCACGGGCCGCGGCAAGCGGCAGGCCACGGCGCACUGCCCCAACCCCCAGACCCACGCCAACGACAUCUACCAGUCCACCCCCGCCUACCGCCUCUCCUCCAGCGAGAAGGAGAUCAUGAAGGAGCUGCUGGAGAACGGCCCGGUGCAAGCCAUCCUGGAGGUGCACGAGGAUUUCUUCAUGUACAAGAGCGGGAUCUAUCGGCACACGCCGGUGGCCGAGGGCAAGGCGCCGAUGCACCGCCGGCACGGGACCCACUCGGUCAAAAUCACCGGGUGGGGAGAAGAGCAAAUGCCCGACGGCCAGACCCACAAGUACUGGACCGCGGCCAACUCCUGGGGCAAGGAGUGGGGCGAGAACGGCCACUUCCGCAUCGCCCGCGGCGUCAACGAGUGCGAGGUGGAGACCUUCGUGGUGGGGGUGUGGGGCCGCGUCAGCGUCGAGGACAUGCACCACCGCCAGUGAGCGCCCCGCGGGGCCUGGACCCCCCCGGACCCCCCCGGACCCCCCCGGCACGGCUUCCCGGAGGGGGCCGCGGCCCCAGCGCCGGAGCAUCCCGGCUUUGCUGACGCGGCGGCCGUGGAGCAGUGGCCCGUGCACCGUGCCCGCCGCCGCGGCCCCCCUCCCCGCCUGCCCCCGGGCUCUUCCCCCCCCCCCCCCCGGCUUUGUGGGGCCCCGCUAAUCCCGGCCUGGCUGAGCCGGGCAUUGUUGGGAGCCGCGUGUUGUUCAAAGGCGUCAGCUCCGCGCCGCGCCUGGCCCUGACAGCUCCGCUGCCUUCGCCAAACACCGAGCCGCCGGGGCCCCCCCAGCCCCCCCCCAGCGCCCACCAACCCGCUGCACGGGGUUAUUCCCCCCCCCCCCCCGGACCGGGGCUAAAACACCGCAGCAUGGUGCGGGGGGGGGGGUAUUGCAGGAGCCCAGCCCCCCCCAUGGUGCUACCCCCCCCCCCCCCCCCCGCCCCGAGGGAGCGUCCCGGCGCGGUGCAGCGCCCCGUUCCCCCCCCUCCCCCCCCGCCGCGGGGCGCCGGGCCUCUAAGAGGGUCUUUUUUUUUUUUUUUUGUAUUUAUUUGGCUUUUUAUUAUUUGUAAAUAAACUUCUGGAAGCUC